CAGGAUCCGGAACUAUUCUGUGGCAAUGCCCGCCGUUUCCGACCGGAAGCGUGCUGUUGCACCAGCGAGAACACGCCCUUCCGCUCCCAGAGUCCCCGCCUCCAGUUCAAACGAGAAAAAUGGCGGGGGCUUCUAAGCCAGCUGUCAUCGCCCCUCCGCUGGACGAAGCGUUAGCAACAGCGACAGCCAGCCAGGCCUCCGUCCCCACUACUCCCCGAGAGGACUUCCGAGUGCGCUGUACCUCGAAGCGGGCCAUGACGGAAAUUCUAGAACUGUGCGGCCGCUUCGUGCCAAACCUCGGAGACGCGUUGCCAGAGGAGAUUCGGGAGGCCGCGCUGCGAGAUUUGCAGUGGGUGCUUAUUGGACAAACUUCGAGGGGGAAGAUGAGGGAAGCUGCCAGCCCACCCUUCCAGGAUCCUAGUGUGGGGGUGACUGUCACGGACCUGACCUCAGAGGUGCACCAGUGCUGGCCAGAUUCUGACAUCAAAGUACUUGAAGAUCAGUUUGAUGAAGUCAUAGUAGAUAUAGCGACAAAAUGUAAGCAAUAUCUCAGAAAGAUCCUUGAAUGUGUUAUCAAAACCCUAAAAGCACAACAUGAAAUUCUGACCAAGGUGUUUGCAGCCUUUUCUCCAACUGCAGACUGUAGCCUCCUGGAGAGAGAAACAGUAUCGCGACUGGAAGUGAGGGACGCUGAUCCAGAAGAAAACCUCCUGGAGGGUUUUUUUCAUCUCUGAAGAGAGUCCAUCUGAGGUCCAGA